UAGCGCCGCCGGGCGCCUAGAUAAUGGUUUUUGGAAGAUGGCGGCUUCUGGCAGUCUGUUCUCCGACUUGCGGGAUAUUAAGAAGCAGCUGCUCAGUGUGAGCUGGCUGUGCAGGGAGAGGGGUCUGAUGCACAGCGUGAAAUGGGCAUCUGAAUUGGCUUUUUCUUUGGAAUCCAUCCCUAUCAACGAGUUACCUCCCACCCCAGAACUCACAGAGGAAGAUGCUCAGGAUCUUGAUGCUUAUACACUAGCCAAAUCUUACUUUGACUUGAAAGAAUAUGACCGAGCAGCCUACUUUUUGCGUGGGUGUAAAAGCCAGAAAGCCUAUUUCUUGUACAUGUACUCCAGGUACUUGUCUGGAGAAAAGAAGAAAGACGAUGAGACUGUGGAUAGUUUAGGUCCACUUGAGAAAGGACAGGUAAAGAAUGAAGCUCUGAGAGAGCUACGGGUGGAGCUGAGUAAGAAGCACAAAUCAAGAGAGCUGGAUGGAUUUGGCCUUUAUCUGUAUGGUGUGGUUCUGCGCAAGUUGGACCUGGUAAAAGAAGCAGUGGAUGUGUUUGUGGAAUCGACACACAUCUUGCCGUUGCACUGGGGAACUUGGUUGGAGUUGUGUAACCUGAUUACAGACAAGGAGAUGCUGAAGUUCCUCUCCCUGCCAGAGUCGUGGAUAAAGGAAUUUUUCCUGGCACAUAUUUAUACAGAGUUGCAACUAAUUGAAGAAGCUUUGCAAAAGUACCAGAGCCUCAUAGAUGCUGGGUUCUCAAAAAGCACUUAUAUUAUUUCCCAAAUUGCUGUAGCCUAUCAUAACAUCAGAGAUAUUGACAAAGCCCUCUCUAUCUUCAAUGAAUUACGGAAGCAGGAUCCAUACAGGAUAGAGAACAUGGAUACAUUUUCUAAUCUGUUGUAUGUGCGGGGCCUGAAGCCAGAGCUGAGUUUCUUGGCUCAUAACCUCUGUGAUAUCGACAAAUAUCGAGUAGAGACUUGUUGUGUUAUUGGGAAUUAUUACAGUCUCCGCUCGCAACAUGAAAAAGCAGCAUUGUAUUUCCAAAGGGCAUUAAAACUGAACCCGCGGUAUCUCGGUGCUUGGACGCUGAUGGGUCAUGAAUACAUGGAAAUGAAGAAUACGUCUGCCGCAAUACAGGCAUACAGGCAUGCAAUAGAAGUCAACAAAAGAGAUUAUCGAGCUUGGUAUGGGUUGGGACAAACGUAUGAAAUCCUGAAGAUGCCAUUUUACUGUCUUUAUUACUACCGACGUGCCCACCAGCUUAGACCUAAUGAUUCCCGAAUGCUAGUUGCUUUGGGAGAAUGCUAUGAAAAACUGAGCCAGCUUGUAGAGGCUACAAAAUGUUACUGGAGGGCGUAUGCCGUUGGUGAUGUGGAGAAAAUGGCUUUGGUUAAAUUGGCUAAGCUCCAUGAGCAAUUGAAUGAGUCUGAGCAGGCUGCUCAGUGCUACAUCAAAUACAUCCAGGACAUUUAUUCAUGUGGGGAGACAGUGGAACAUCAGGAAUUGAGCACAGCAUUUCGAUAUCUGGCCCAGUACUAUUUCAAGUGCAAACUAUGGGACGAGGCUUCUGCUUGUGCACAAAAAUGCUUCAAUUUUAAUGAAACUAGAGAAGAAGGAAAGGCCCUUUUACGUCAGAUUCUACAGCUUCGUAAUCAGAAUGAAAGUCCAUCAAAUGACCUCCCACCUGCUGUACCCUUUUUCCUUCCACAGUCCAUUUCAGCCAGCAACACACCCACCAGAAGAGUAUCUCCACUUAAUCUUUCCUCCGUCACGCCAUAGCACUUUCUGCGCAGACACUUUGAAUAGAGGUGCUUUAUAAAAGAACAGUGAAGUUAACUUUUUUGAACUGCUCCUAUAAUUGAAGUGGAGAUCAUUUUUCACAAUCUCUUGUAUGUGGCAUAAAUAUUCUGCCCAACAGUUCUAGGAGUGGUCAGAUUUGGUCUCGCACAGACAGAACUCCCAGGCACCGCCUGUCUGCUUUGUACUUGUCAAUAAACUUUUUUUAUACCGUG